GAUCGAUAAGCUACGUUCCACUUCGUUUAUUGAAAAGGAAGCAAACUACUUGGAUUUCUGUCUCAUAUUUCGGCGCUUCCUCUUCAACCUCCUCAUACGCUUCUUCUUCCACUUAGCUCUCGUGAUGAAGGUCGAGCAGCCUCUCUCAGGUCUCUUUCUCUGCUUUGCUUUCGCCUGGAUAAACCCUUGUUUGAACUUUGAAGGAGACUCGCCGUCUCCUUUUAAUCACUCUGUCACUUAUCGUCAUCCAAAAUGACUCGCCGUUUCCAUCUCCUCCCGCCAACCCAUACUCGUCGUUUCCAUCUUCUCACCCCCGCCCUCCGACCCCGCGAAAAACCCACCUCCGUCGUCGCCUCCCCUGAAGCUGUACAGCGACCUGGACCUCGAAAUCAUCCCGUCGCACCCCCCCCCCCCCCCCCACCGCCGCGUAAUCGUCAUCGAGAAUCCACAGUUCCCAUGGUGGUGUAUAAUGCUUGAACUUGGACCUGGAAUUACUCACAAAAGCUAUGUUCUAAGCAACUUCUAUAAUCACAUAAAACUGGUUUUUGUUCAUCUCUUUGAAUCGCAUCUCCAAAGAAAUUCAAUUGAGAUAUAGAGGGACAUAGGAUCGACGCGAGCAGGUGUUUCAUAUAUUAAGGUUCCCAUUUUGGUUUGGUCCAGUUUACUUUUGGGGUUUUCCUACCUUUCGCUGAUGUUGACCUUAGGAAUGCAGAGUAAACCAAUUUGUAACUGCGG